AUGCCAACUGAAAGAUCUCGAAGGUCCUACACUGACACUGCUUCAAGUUCUAGGAGGCAUCGUUCCCGAUCACCUCAUUUAAUUGAACGUCGCAGAGACGAUUCUUAUCAUAGACAUCGAUAUGGGAGAGAAUAUGAGAGGGAAAGUCGAAAGAGCGAUUAUAAUGAACCUCCACGUAGGAUUUCGCCAAGUCAUGACAAGCCAAGACAUGAAGGUCGGGACAAUGCUAAUGAACCAAAAAUUCAAAUCCCUGAUAAAGUACCGAACAAUCAAGAUUUGACUAAGGAAUUGAAUGGGACAGCAAAACCGAAAGUUCCGAUAUCGUUGGAAGAAUUAUUGCAGAAGAGAGAAUCCGAGAAACAAGUUAAUGAGAGGCCUAAAUUCUUAACAAAAGAAGAACGGGCAAAAGUAGCAUUAGAAAAGCGGCAAAAGGAGGUUGAAGAACAACGUCGUAAACAAGAAGAAGAAAGGCGCCAACAAGAAGAAUUUCAAAGACGUGCAAUGGAAGAAGCCCGUCAAAAUGGGUAUGGUCGAGAUCGACGAGAUUAUUAUGAUCGAUAUGAUCGCGAUAGAUAUGACCGUUAUGAUCGUGAAAGACCAAGAGGUAAAGAGAGAGAGAUUGAAAAACGCCCUACUGAAAAGUCGGAUAAGUCAGAUGUUAACACAGAAGCAGAAAAAUUAGAUGAAAAGGAAUUACAAGCUAUUAGGGAACGAUACAUGGGAGGUGAACGUAAAAAACGUAAAAUACGUAAGAUGAAUGAAAAGAAGUUUGUUUUUGAUUGGGAUGCUGGAGAAGAUACCUCUCAAGAUUUUAAUCCUCUGUAUGCAAAUAAGCAUAAUGCCCAAAUGUUUGGUCGUGGACAUUUCGCUGGCAUCGAUAUCAAAGAACAAAAGCGAGAUCGUGCACAAUUUUAUAACCAACUUCUAGAGGAAAGAAGAACUCUUGAUCAGAAAGACCGCGCUGAAGAAAGAAUGGAAAUCGAUAGACGUAAAGAGUUGAAAACAAUGUGGGAUGACCGUCAUUGGUCAGAAAAACCAUUGACCGAGAUGAAGGAAAGAGACUGGCGUGGUAGUAUUCCAAAUCCUAUAAGAUCCUGGGUCGAAUCUGGUUUGUCGGAACGUAUACUUAAUCUUAUUGAGAGUAUCGGGUAUAAAGAACCUACGCCUAUCCAACGACAAGCUAUACCUAUUGGUUUACAAAAUAGAGAUAUCAUUGGAAUUGCUGAAACAGGUAGUGGUAAGACUGCUUCGUUUGUAAUACCAAUGCUUGUGUAUAUAUCCGACCUUCCGAGAUUAUCAGAGGAAAAUAUGUCGGAUGGACCUUAUGCUUUGAUUUUGGCACCUACUCGUGAAUUAGCGCAACAAAUUGAACAAGAAACAUUAAAAUUUGCCGCUCCUAUGGGUUUCAACUGUGUUUCUAUUGUUGGUGGGCACGCAGUAGAAGAACAAGCAUUUAACUUGAGAAAUGGUGCCGAAAUUAUUAUCGCGACUCCUGGGCGUUUGAAAGAUUGUUUGGACAGAAGGAUCUUGGUUCUCAAUCAAUGUACCUAUGUAGUCAUGGAUGAAGCUGAUCGUAUGAUCGAUAUGGGUUUCGAAACUGAUGUCAAUGUAAUUUUAGAUGCAUUACCCGUAUCAAAUGUUAAACCAGACACAGAAGAGGCUGAAAAUCCUGCCGAAAUGCUCAAGAAAAUUGGGCAAAAAGAACGUUAUAGGCAAACUGUGAUGUUUUCAGCUACUAUGCCUCCUGCUGUAGAACGUUUAGCUAAAAGAUAUUUGAGACGACCUGCAGUCGUUACAAUAGGAACAGCUGGUCAAGCCGUAGAUACUGUUGAACAAAGGGUAGAAAUGAUAAAUGAUGAAGGAAGAAAGAAAGCAAGACUUCUUGAGCUUCUUCAAGGAUCGUUUGACCCACCAAUCAUCAUAUUUGUUAACCAAAAGAAAGGGUGUGAUGUUCUUGCUAGAGCAUUAAACAAGCUUGGGUAUCGUGCAACAACACUGCACGGUGGUAAAACUCAAGAACAAAGAGAAAGUGCAUUGGCACAUCUCAAAAAUGGAACAAUGGAUAUACUAGUGGCCACUGAUGUAGCUGGUCGUGGUAUAGAUGUUAAGAAUGUUUCGCUGGUAAUCAAUUAUGAUAUGGCCAAGAAUAUUGAAGAUUAUACACAUCGUAUUGGUCGUACAGGACGUGCUGGACAAUCUGGUGUCUCGAUUACGUUCAUGUCUAACGCGGAUGCAGAUGUUAUGUAUGACCUUAAGCAAAUGAUCAUGAAAUCACCUAUAUCUCGUGUACCUGCUGAAUUAGCGUCCCAUCCUUCAGCAAUGGCCAAACCUG